CAAACAAAUCUCUUCCGUUUCCUUUUUACUCUCGCGGCCCAUGCUCACCGCCAUUAAUGGCUAUUUCUACACUAUGAAACAAUGAAUAUGUCAUCUGGGCCACCGCCGGAGCAGCAACCGCAACAGCAAGAACCGCCGUCAAGACCACCACAGCUAGUUCGGAAACUUGUGGUGGAAAUUCUUGACGCACGGAAUCUACUACCAAAGGAUGGGCAAGGGAGUUCCAGUCCGUAUGUUGUUGUGGAUUUUGAUGGUCAGAAGAAGCGGACUUCGACUGUGUGUAGAAAUCUUAACCCAGAAUGGAACGAGGGUCUGGAAUUCAUCAUUUCGGAUCCCAGAACGAUGGAGUUUGAGGAGCUAGAUAUUGAGGUUUUCAAUGAUAAGAAGCUGAGUAAUGGGAAUGCGAGGAAGAAUCAUUUUUUAGGGAGAGUGAAGUUGUAUGGAAGCCAGUUUGCGAGGAGAGGAGAAGAGGGUUUGAUAUACUUCCCUUUGGAGAAAAAGAGUGUUUUUAGUUGGAUUAGAGGUGAGCUGGGUUUGAAGAUUUAUUACUAUGAUGAAAUGGUGCAGGAAGAGGAGCCGCCACCGCCGCAGCCGGAGCAACAGCAGCAGCAGCCUCCUCCGCAGGAAGAAAUGAAGAAGACCCCUGUUUUCGUUGUCAUGGAAGACCCCCGCCAGAGGAUGCUAGAAAUUCCUAUGCCCACGGAGGUUGCUAUGGAAGCGCAGGAACAAUCUCCACCCAUCGUAACGAUAGAGGAAUCUCCUCCACCGAUGAAUAUGCCGCCGGAACAGCAGCAGCAGUGUAGUCACCGGCAUGAGGAGGGUCCACCAAUGAUGAGUGGUCCACCGAUGAUGAGUGUUCCUGUUCCACCACCUGAGUACCCACCACAGGAGGUGAAGAGGAUGCAGGCAGGGAGAGCUGGAGAAAGAGUGAGAGUUAUGAGACGGCCAAACGGAGACUAUUCACCUAGGGUGAUAUCCGGAAAAGUCGGCGGAGAGUCAGAAAGAAUUUCGGCGUUCGACCUCGUUGAACCAAUGCACUAUCUAUUUGUUAAAAUUGUGAAAGCUAGAGGUCUUGCUCCGAGUGAAAGCCCAUUCGUGAAGAUCCGUACAUCUAACCAUUUUCUCCGAUCGAAACCCGCCAUUAUCCGGCCUGGCGAACUGUUGUCGAAUCCAGAGUGGCAGCAGGUCUUCUCCCUAGGCCACAACAAGCAAGAGUCUACCAAUUCAACACUUGAAAUUUCAGUUUGGGAUAGCGCGUCGGAUCAUUUCCUUGGUGGAGUCUGUUUCGACCUCUCCGAUGUGCCAGUCAGAGAUCCACCGGAUAGUCCUCUUGCUCCUCAGUGGUAUCAUCUCGAAGGUGGCGCCGAUGACCAACACAAAGUUUCCGGCGACAUUCAACUCUCCGUCUGGAUUGGAACUCAAGCAGACGAUGCAUUUCCUGAAUCGUGCAGCUCAGACGCACCGUGCGUGGCUCAUACUCGCUCAAAAGUCUAUCAAUCUCCCAAGCUAUGGUAUCUUAGAAUCACAGUGAUUGAAGCUCAGGACCUUCAUAUAGCUCCAAAUCUACCGCCGUUGACGGCACCGGAGGUAAGAGUCAAAGCUCAGCUAGGGUUUCAAUCCGUGAGAACUCGGAGAGGGACAAUGAAUCAUCACAGUUCAGUGUUCCACUGGAGCGAAGAUUUAAUCUUCGUCGCCGGUGAGCCACUUGAAGAUAGCCUCAUCUUGCUUGUAGAGGACCGUACGACGAAGGAUCCAGCCCUUCUAGGGCACAUAAUAAUUCCUGUGAGCUCGAUUGAGCAACGGCUCGAUGAGCGACUCGUGCCAGCCAAGUGGUUCGGAUUGGAAGGUGGACCAGGUGGGGCCUACUGCGGGAGGCUACACUUGAGGAUGUGCUUAGAAGGAGGAUAUCACGUGCUGGAUGAAGCAGCUCACGUGUGUAGUGAUUUCAGGCCCACGGCUAAGCAGCUAUGGAAGCCGGCUGUUGGUAUUUUGGAGCUGGGUAUUCUUGGAGCUCGCGGGUUGUUACCCUUGAAAUCCAAGGGUCCGGGAAAAGGAUCCACGGAUGCUUACUGUGUUGCCAAAUACGGGAAGAAAUGGGUCCGGACUCGGACCAUAACCGAUACCUUUGACCCGCGUUGGAACGAGCAGUACACAUGGCAAGUAUACGAUCCUUGUACAGUUCUUACAAUUGGAGUAUUCGACAAUUGGCGUAUGUUUGCUGAUAGUGGUGAAGAUAAGCCUGAUUACCGUAUAGGAAAAGUACGUAUACGAGUCUCUACAUUGGAGAAUAACAAAGUGUACACAAAUUCCUAUCCGUUAUUAGUUCUGUUGCGGUCUGGGUUGAAGAAAAUGGGCGAAAUUGAAGUUGCAAUCCGAUUUGUUUGUCCAUCACUGUUACCAGAAACAUGUGCUGUUUAUGGGCAGCCAGUAUUACCAAAGAUGCAUUAUCUACGCCCACUUGGGGUGGCUCAACAAGAGGCAUUGAGAGGAGCAGCUAUCAAAAUGGUUGCAGCAUGGUUAGCUCGAUCCGAGCCACCGUUGGGUCCAGAGGUAGUUCGGUAUAUGUUGGAUGCAGAUUCUCACACAUGGAGCAUGAGGAAGAGUAAGGCCAAUUGGUUUCGCAUAGUAGCCGUGUUAGCUUGGGCUGUUGGAUUAGCAAAAUGGUUGGAUGACAUUAGAAGGUGGAGAAACCCAGUAACAACCAUACUAGUCCAUGUUCUCUACUUGGUGCUAGUUUGGUAUCCAGAUUUAAUCGUCCCCACCGGGUUUCUCUACGUCUUCUUGAUCGGUGUAUGGUAUUAUCGGUUCAGGCCUAAAAUACCUGCAGGUAUGGAUACCCGUAUCUCCCAAUCAGAAACAGUAGACCCGGACGAACUGGACGAGGAAUUCGACACAAUACCAAGUUCAAAACCACCCGAAAUAAUUCGGAUGCGGUAUGACAGGUUGAGAAUAUUAGCAGCAAGGGUCCAAACAGUUUUAGGUGAUUUUGCAACCCAGGGAGAAAGGGUCCAAGCAUUGGUAAGCUGGAGGGAUCCAAGAGCGACGAAAUUGUUCAUAAUCGUGUGCCUAAUUAUAACAAUAGUGUUAUAUGCAGUGCCACCAAAAAUGGUAGCAGUUGCCCUUGGAUUCUACUUCCUGCGCCAUCCCAUGUUCAGGGACCCAAUGCCACCUGCCACUUUGAAUUUCUUUAGAAGACUUCCAAGUUUAUCUGACCGUUUGAUGUAGUAGACACAGUCACUACACUCUGCUGAUUAAAUAAAAAUUAGUCAACAAUUCUUUUGAAAAAUUGUGAAGAAAAGAGAGCUUGUGUGUGAAAAACUCCCUUUUUUUCCACAAUGGUGGGGGGUUUCAUUACAAACAUGGGAAGAAGUGAAAAGUGUAGGGUGAAGGGGGCAAGUUGGGAUGAUUGACUUUAACUGUUGGAAAAGUAAAAAAAAAAGGAGAGGAGCCAUGGGGGCUAGAUUGAAGGGGGUGAGAUUUUUGAUAGGACAAGAUUAUUUUUUGAUGUAAUUUUGUCGUGAAAAGUAUUGACAUUGGUUUCUAUUCCACGAAUAUAAAAAUGGAAGAUAAUGAUAUCUUUCUUUUACUGCAUU